CGUCGCUCCAGACCAGCGCCAUUCAUCUGAGCGGAGCUCCGGGACACCUGGUCGGACCGAGAGGUGCAGCUUAGCGGCUAAAACAGCUCCUCACAGCUCCCGGUUAAUCACCUGAGGAAUGCGGGGCCAUUAGGACGACUGUCGAGUCCUGAAAGUUUUGUUUUAACUUCAACUUCAAGUUAACUUUCACCAACUUGGCGCACGAGGACAGGCUCAUGGCUGCAGGCGGAUUUAAGUCAAACGCCACCAAAGACUUUCUGGAGGAAUGGAAGGCCAAGCGGGAGAAAAUGAGAGCCAAGAUGUUGGGGGACAUUGCUGCGGCGACUGGUACGCCCCUGAGUUCCAGCGCCCCGGGGAACUGCCACCCCUCCUCCUACUCGGUGGCUCGGUCCUCCUCCGGUAGCGCUCUAAAGAGACCCGAGGAGGAGGCGCACCACCCCGCAGCAGCCGCCGCCACCCCGGUGAGCAACCUGAAGAAGGCCCCGCCUCAGUCAGAGAAGACUCCGAGCUCGUCCCCGGACUCCAGUCCGAUGGCUGGCAAUGACAGCGACAAGGAGAGUCCGUCACCCGGCAAAGGGAAGGAGAAGAAGAGCGCCGGUCCCAGUGCCAGGAAGGGGAAGGGGCAGAUAGAGAAGAGAAAGCUCAGGGAGAAGAGGAGGUCAACAGGUGUGGUCAACAUACCGUCCAAUGAGAGCCUGGAUGAGCUGGAUGAUGAUGAAGUUGGAGAUAAAGACAGAAGGGAGGAAGAGGAGCUGGUUCAGACCAAUACGUUCCAGAAUGAGGCCAUGACGGCUGACCCUGCCACUGGCUACCUAAUGGACAGCCCAAGAUCUGAAAGUGGCCGCCACAAGAGCUCUGCAGGACACGGGUCUGAGGAGGAGGUCGGUGGAAACAGCAGACAGCGACACAACCGUCACCUCAGAGACGGAGGACCUGCAGGACCCGGAAACCUGGAGAAAAGGUUGGAGGAGCUGGAAAAGGAGCUAGCUAGAGAGCGUAAUGAGAACGCCAGGCUGCUGAAGGCCCAACAGGAUAAAGAUGAAAUCAUCGGGAAGCUGAAGGAGGAAAUCGACUUGCUGAACAGAGACCUGGAUGACAUUGAAGACGAGAACGAGCAGCUCAAGCAGGAGAACAAGACUCUGCUGAAAGUGGUGGGUCAGCUGACGAGGUAGACUCGUCCCCCGGCCUCCACCUGUCGAUGACUCAGCAUCUUUGUCCGAAGUGAGACUAAACGUCGUCCUCAGAGACUCACAGCCUUCAAAAACAUUUACUCUAUUUGUUGUGGCGGCAGAGCGGAGGGGUAGGAGGUUUCUGCCAUCUUAUACAUAUUUAAUGUAAAUGUUUUGUAUAUAGGCAGUUUAGAUAUUUUUCUUUAGGACAUGGUCUUAAAAAAUAAAAAAAUACAAUGAAUGUACGUGCUGCAAAAACAAGCCAUGAAAACUUUAGAGGCUAAAUAUCGACGCUUCCACUCUGCACACAACAGUUUAGUCCCAGUAAAAGAACAGAAAACUCUCCCGUGGUGCAAAGUUUGAGCUUGUUGAUUGUCGAGGACCAAAUUCAGCGUUAUAACUGCGACAGUGUCAGCAGCCAAAGUGGGCUCGGUGCCUUGCAAUGCAUGAGACUUCUCUCUUUUUUUGUAUAUUUUUAAUAAUGGUUAAAGCCUGGUGCUUUAUGAAUGAUCCCUUUCUUCUAAUAACUUCUUGGUACAUUUCUUUCCAUUAGAAGCUUCUUCAAAAUCAGAAUAAAGUUUGAAAUGGUUCCAGUUUAAACCAGAACAGCUUCUAUGAGUCAUGCGCUGUAUGCAUUUUCAGGGUGGACGUCUUGAUGAAAUGCUUUAGGGAUGUUUACAGGUGAUUCUGGUAGAUGUUAGGUAGCAUGUUAGGUUGUGUGCAGUGAGCUACAGAGCUGCGUUUUCUUGACUUUAUAACCAAAUGAAUGGAAGGAGGAAAAGUGUCAUGUUUACUGAGGGAACAGGCUCGCCGGCUUUCAGCAUCUCCAUCUGUGUUAAGUUGGUUCUUCUCUUUGAGGGGCUGCUCGCUGAGCUCCUGCACUGUGGCUGAUAAUCUUUUUGGGCUAAAGAUCAGCCCCUCCCAGACAGACAUCACAAACCUCUCUCUGUCUUUCCAUUACAUUAUGCAUGUACAGAAGAUUAAGUCAUUUAAUAAAAGUUUGAUUAUCUCUCUC